AUGGCAAGAACCAGAGGAGCUAAGUCCUCAUCUCCGUCAGGCCGCAAGAGAGCCACAAGAGAGACCCCUGUUCAAGGCUCCACAUCUGAGCCUCCGCGACCACUAGUCGUCCCACCUCCGGUUGAGGACGCACCAUUGAGUCCUCCUAUGAGGCGCUAUCAAACCAGGUCAAGCAGCCAUCCCCCAAAGAAGAAAGCUAGGGUAUCAGACUCAGAGCCAAUUAACUUAACGGAGCCAUCUCCGGAUCCGUCUCCGGAGCCGUCUUCAGAGCCUCCAUCAAAGCCUCAGCCGUCUCAGUCGCCACCCACAGAGUCUCAAAUUCUCUCAGGCAUGACUCCUGAGAGGUACCAUAUGGAGCAUUUGCUGACUCCCAAGGAUUUUUUCUAUCCCCGUGUAGCAAUGGACUUCUAUCAGUCCAUGACCAUGCACCAGGUCCGAGAUCGUACUGUCAUACACUUCACCAUAGACGGACGUCAUGAGCACUUGGGAUUUCCAUAUGAGCCUCAGCUUGAGCGCAAAUGCAUUUGUCGAGAGAUAUUCACUCUUGACAAAUGGACCAAUAUGACAGCAUAUAGUGCAGAGCCGAGAGCCCCAGCUGGAGCAGAGCAUCCAGAGAUUCCACAUCCAGAGCAGCCAGAGGAGCCACAGCAAGUUGAGAUACCAGCUGACAUGGGAGCCUCUACAGAGCCUAUACAUGAGGUUGCACCCUCUACUAUUCCUGCCACACCACGGACUCCCCUUGUUAUUCCAGCUACAUCAGAGCCUUCUCCUUCAUCUGAGCCUAGGAUUGCCAUAUCCAUUUUCGAGUAUAGAGGAGCAUAUUUUAGCCACUCAGACUCAGCAUACUACCAUCUUGAGGCAGAUUCAGCACCAUCUGGGUAUUCCAUCAGCUCCUGA